UGGUCGAUAGGUGCCAUUUUAGCCGUUGCAGCAUGAGGACGUCAACACAUAUCCCGCCUCGAAACGCACACUUGGACUUAUCUCGAGCCUUCACCACAGAGUCCAGACCACAACCAAGCCCCACAUUCUUCACGACCACUUCGCAUUAUUCACUACACCGCGAAAUGAUUAAGAAACCAAUAAUUUCCAUCUUGGACUGGGAUGACACGCUAUGUCCUACAACAUGGUUACAUUUUCGAGGAUUGCUAGUAGCGCAUGGACUCAUCGACGGAGUUCCACCCAUGGAGGUUGAGACGUUCGAGGAGAAAGUAGUGCCAUCUCCAUUGACUUCAUCAGAUCGGCAGCGACUGGAACUAUUAGAGCACCAAGUUCUGGAGCUUCUGCAAUUGGCGGCUCGAUUCGGUCCGGUGUUCAUCGUCACGGCAGCUUCGUUGCCUUGGGUGGUGGCUAGCGCCGAGCAUUUUUUGCCUAGAGUGCGGCAGUUCUUACUGGACAAUCAGCGCCAAUGUGAGAGUAAAAAUGCAGGCAUUGAACGGGUCCAGGUGGUGUCGGCUAGAGAUUGGUACCAUCAUCAAAUUGGUACUGGGAGUAGUCAGCUUGAGUGGAAAUGUGCUACAUUUGAGGCGCUGUGUAGCCAUUUGAAGUUACAAGACGUGUUUGCGAGAUUAAAAACUCGGACGGAUUUGAUUUCGAUUGGAGAUGCUCGAUUUGAACAGGAGGCGUGUGUGAGGAUGGAGAUGAAGGCGAGCGAGUUUUUGCGAAGUAAAACGAUGAAAUUUGUGGAACAACCGACGUUGGAGGAGUUGUUGGAGCAGCUUAAAAUGAUGAGCAAAAUGUAUGAUCCGAUGUGUCAAUACGACGGCGGAUUACAUCUUUGUGUAUCGCGGAAGGAGACGAGCAGCGCUCAAGACAGUUUUGGAGAUGGAGGAAGAUUUGUUGACAAUGCACUUGAAACGUUGCAGCUAGUGCAGAUUGAUCGCAUGGCUGCGCUAAAUGGAUCGGCUGCUAGGGAUUGCGAUGCUAGACUUCAACAGCUUCUAGCAGCAGCAGACUCAUUGACACAUAAAGCACAUUAUGCUGGCCACGAUCAUAGUUACCAAAACGAGCCACCGCUUGCUGCCGUUCCGGGAGCUCGAAACUGAAAGAAUAGGAGCGAUAUUUUUUUUUUAGUGAAGGAUAGGUACAGGGUAGGUAGAAGUUAAACUGAACGCAUGCGUAGAAGCCAUCGAGGCCUUACGUACAAGCUAGAGCGUCUUCUGGCGGCUGGAAGGCUUCAGUGGAAACAAGCAGCUAAGAACUGAAAUGUGGGGAGAGGCAUUGGUUUUACACCAAUUAAUCAGCAAAGCCAGAAUGGUUGUAUUCUUGCC